AUGGAUCGUGAGAAGCGGCGAAGCGAAGAAGAAGAAAAGGAGCUCGAUCGCAGAAUCGCCCUCAUUCGGGAAAAGAACCAGCAGAUUGAGCAGCGUACCAAGGUAAUCUCGGAGCAUCUUUGAACUAUAACUGACAGCUUUCAGGAGAUCGAAGAGGAUCGUGCACGCACUGAGGAUUCGUUGGCGAAAUCUCCAAAGGUUCGUAUUGUAGGAAAAGAGAGGGGAGAACUGGUUCCGUACUGUACAACUAUGUAAGUACAAUACUGUACACAGGAAUGUGUUGAAUGGGGAAACUUAUUGAUGAGAGGAGAGAGACGGGCAAGAAGGGAAAAGGAAAGGAAAGAUGGAUGAUAGUGGAACGGAAAUUGGGGGAAUUAGUCGACGGAUCAAACUAAUAUAACUUUGCAGAGUUAUAUUGGUUUGAAAGUUGUUUGCGUUUUAUCACAAUUCACGUGAAUACAGUGUCCCUUUUGAAAAGUGUUUCACGUGAACAUCUCAAAAUAAUCGUUUUCCUUUUUUCAGUCGUCGUCUCAAACGCCUCCUAAAGCGACGACUCCGGACCGGAACGGAAACGGACAGUGGAGUCGCGAGUGGGACAAAGGCAAACGCCGUGAGUCGCCUUAGUCCACAAAUCCACAAUAUCCGUCUGUUUUCAGCGCCGAAACUUGGCGCGAGAAUGUGCCUUCGAUGGACUUGAAGGGUCGAUUGGCGGGUCAGAACGGACAAGCGAAUAACAUUAAUAACAACAAUAAUAACAAAGAGGGCGCCGCGAACGGAGCCGGAGGCGGCAGAAGAAGCGGAAAAGGAGGACAAGGACAAGGAAACCACGGAGGAAAUCAGAAGAAGGAUGGAGGUGUGAAGGUUCCGUCGAGAUUGGAGGGAAGGAUCACGUUUCCGAGCAAAGAGGAGAAAAAGAAGGAAGAAGAGCGGGAGGAGCCGGCAAGGAUUCACGAGGGAAUCACAAGGGAGAGCAGGACAGGAAGAAGUCGGUGAGUGGAAGAAUCAAGAAUGUUUGUCCUGUAAUUUCAAAGUUCCGAGCUAUCGACUAUUGUCGUAUCACAAACCUUGCUACUGUACUCUACAGCAAGCAAAGUAGGUGAAAAUGUUAAGUUGUCUGUAUUGAGACUGUAAUGCGGAAUCACACGCGAAAAAAGAUGAUAUCUGAAAAGUUUUGGAUAAAGUAACAGCGCGACAGUCACUCAUUACAUAACUGGACGGUCCCUUCCCGCUCACCCCGGUCCUUGACAGUUCAUACCCUCCAGACUCGUCGCCUUUUGAACUGUUCCGCCCGCCCGCCCGCCAGCCGCCCGCUCUUCCGACAGCUUCGUUUCUGCCGGAUCAUGUUUCAAUGACUCGCCGACACCUUUUCGUUACUUCUUUUUUGCAGCUGACCAACGACGGAGGAGAAGCGCACAAAGGACAGAGAAGACGUGGCGGUCAGAAGGAUCCGAAGGAGCAGAAAGAGCAGAAAGAGCAGAAUCGGAAUGGGAAGAAAGAGAAAGGAAAGCUCCAGCCGGCUGGAGAGAAGGAGGCCGAGGAAAAGAAGAAGGGAAAAACUCGUCCGCGCCGUGAAAGCGACAACUACGCGGUGAGAAAGGUGGUGCAUCGGCUCGUCGAGAAGGUGUGUUGGAUGGAGAGAAUGGAGAAGAAGAAGGCGAAGAACGAGCUGCUCGGCGAGGAAGAGUUGGAAGAAGAGGAGCCGAAGAGUGAAGACGAAGUGAGUUCCGUUCCCCCGUUCCAUUUCCUUCAACUACUUCUCUUCAGAAUCUGGCCCCAGAGACCCCGAUCCCAGAAGACGUCGCUUCUGAGAAAUCUCCAGAAGAAGAGGCUCCAACGAGUUCCGACGACAAAGAGGACAGCAACCAGAACGUGAUCAACUUGGUCCGCGAGAAAGUCGUCACCAUGACCACGUCGCAAGUCGCUUGA